GCUUCCCUCUUACUACCACGGCACUCAACAUAACCACCCCACCCACCACCACGGCCACCACAACCAGUACCACGCCAGGAGCAGCAGGAGAUAUUUCCGGAGCACCACCACCAGCAAGCACACAGAGACCGAAAGCACCGUCACUUCUGCAAGAUGCUUCCCGCCCUCCACAGUCCGUGGCCAAUGUCCUCUCGGCUGGCUUACAACGAGAGACAACUCUUGUGUGGCUUUCCUGAUGACGCCAUCCUUCUUAGAAGGGUACAAAGAUUGCAGCAAGAAAGGAGGCAAGCUGUUCUCCAUCGGUGAAAAGGAGAGACCGUGUGUUGCAGAUCUCCUAAACAACUCCAGUUACGUGUGGCUUAGUCGUGGCCGGUAUAGCUGUAGACAUCAAGACCUAUCCAGCGGACUGUUGGAUUGGGAAACUUGCAAAACACAACAUCACUACCCUUGUGAAGUAUCCCUCCCUUUACCUGGUGCACAGGUGGAGCAGAUGACAGUCAGUAAUAGAAAUAGGACUAAAGCUGACGUGACGAAGGGCGAUCCUCUCAAUCUACGAUGCACAUACGGUGGAGUAGCUCUCUCUCCCGUGCGCAUAAUCCGAGAGGAUUUGAACCUAAUACUAGCCAGUUCAUCUAGCAACAGCUCUAACUCGUUCACCUUCAGUAAGGACAGAGCAGAGUGUGAGGAUCAGGGUUGGUACCGGUGCCAGGCUGGCUCAGCAGCUCCGGGAAAACGUCUGGAGCUGGGAGUUAGAGGAUGCUUCCCUCUUACUACCACGGCACUCAACAUAACCACCCCACCCACCACCACGGCCACCACAACCAGUACCACUUUAAGGAGCGCCAGGAGCAGCAGGAGAUAUUUCCGGAGCACCACCACCAGCAAGCACACAGAGACCGAAAGCACCGUCACUUCUGCAAGAUGCUUACCGCCCUCCACAGUCCGUGGCCAAUGUCCUCUCGGCUGGCUUACAACUAGAGACAACUCUUGUGUGGCUUUCCUGAUGACGCCAUCCUACUUAGAAGGGCACAAAGAUUGCAGCAAGAAAGGAGGCAAGCUGUUCUCCAUCGGGGAAAAGGAGAGACCGUGUGUUGCAGGUGAGUACUUUCCCUUUGAUGUUGGCCACUGAGUCGUUGUUGCAAGCAAUUCACUUACGUCCAAAUUGUGAAUAUGUUCUAUGUUUUCACCCCCCAAAGCUCUAUCACAGAUGUACCCUUCAACAUCACUAAAUUACAGUUUAAUGGUAUGGACUAGGCUUAAAAUGAAUUUGCUUUUCAGGAUUCCUGAGUGGAACAACACUGCAAAAGUUAUCAGAGGUCAAGGAUGAAAA